AUGAUAAACAUUAAUGAGGCAAUUAACGAAAACUUAGAUUUGUUUAUUUAUGAAGAUCCUGAAAAAUGUGAAGUGCAAAAUUUAUUUGAGUCUAUCCAAGCACCAUGGUUUUACCACUUAAUGCACUUGCUAGAACUGAAUAAAGAGGACUUUAUUAAUAUAAAAAAUAUCAUUGAACAUGUGAAAAAAAGGGGAAAUGAAAAUUAUCAUAUAUUAGACAUAAUAGAUUACAAAACGUAUAGUGAUAUAAUGCGAAAGAUUAACAGCAACGUGAAGAACACCCUAUCUGUAUAUUUAUUUUCGUGCAAAUAUUUUUUAAGUAAGUACUCCAAAAACAUAGAAUCGAGUAGACACAUUCAUUUUGUUUUCGUAUUUGGGAAUAAUACAGCAGACUUGGAUUCAGUUUGCUCAUCCAUUAUAUAUAGUUUUUUUUUAUAUAUAUGGUAUUGCCUAAAAAGUAAAAUUAUUAAGGAAAAUGAAUCGGAUAUUUUGAAAUUUUUUAUUCCUGUUAUUAAUAUUAAAAAGAGUGAUAUGAAGCUUAAAAAUUUGAUAACCUGGUGGUUGGAGAAGUGCGAAAUGUACAACCCUGAAGAAAUUUUAGUUUUUAAUGACGAUCAAAAUUUGCUUGAAGUUUUAAAGUGUGAGAAUAAAUAUGAUGUGUGUUUUGUUGACUUUAAUGACUUUGAAUCGAAUAAUAUAUAUAACAUAAAUAAUGUGAAAUCCAUAAUUGAUCAUCAUAUGCUUAAAGAAGAGGUAAAAAAUAAAAGAAUAACCAAGUCAGUUUAUCCUAUAUACGUUUGUAGCUGUAUGGUCAUUAUAGCCUAUCUGUAUAAAUAUUCUAGCAAAUUCCUUGGAAUUCCUUUUAUUAACAAGAACAUGAUGUGGCUAAUAUACGGAGCUAUAUUGAAAGAUUCAAAUAAUUUCUCAAAAGAAGGUUAUGGAAAACGAUGGAUACAGCAAGAUUUAAAUAUAUUCCAGUCCUUGAAAAGAUUUUUUAGAAUAUCAAAUAAGAUGGACAUAUACCUUACUUACACUUUUAAUAUUAUUAGAUUUUCUAUAAAUUUAAAAAAAUUUGGAAUUGAAAAUUUAUUAUUUGCUGACUACAAAGACUAUAAUUAUGAAGUUCUAGAAAAAAAAAUAAAAAUAAGAAUAGCGUCAAUAGAUUUUAGCAUAGAUUUGUUAUUUUCUAAUGAAGACAUUAACCGCUUAGUUAGAAAAUUAUAUGAGCUGUGCGGAGAAAACAACUUUUCUUUUUUCAUUUUACUUGGAUCUUAUUUAGAUAAUUAUAAACUAAAUAAAGAUAUGGGCAUGUUUUUUUACAAUAAUGAUGUGAAUAAAGAUGAUUUAAUGAAUGCCUUGUUAGAAAACAAAGAUAUAAAGCUUGCCAAGAAAGGGUGUAAAAAUAUAACGUGGGAAAACAAUUCGUAUGAUAUUGGCAUUUUCCAAAUUAAUAAUCAAAGUUACUCAAGAAAAAGAUUAGAAUAUUUUUUAAAUGAAUAUUUUUCCUAA